CCUUGUUCUUUUGUAAUAGCUUUAAAAUAUAGAAAUUUGCGAAUAACAUUGAUUUUAUUGCAGUCUCGCGCAUAAAGUUGACGAGCGUCAAAACGUUGUCACAAAAGAUGGUCUUUGUUUCCCCAUCCAUGUUGGAACAGUUAUUGCCUCUUGCUUCGUAGUCUGAUGAAAAGGACACAAUGGGGAUCUAGUCGUGGUAUGAGCUCUUUCCUCAUUAUAAACGCCUGCCUCUGUACAUCGUUUACACUUCUUUGCGCCAUCACCAGCAACAACUUUAGAUUUCUUUUGAAGUCUUCCCGCUUCCUUCUCCAUUUUUUUCUCAAAAAGUUCUUGGUAUUUUCUGUUUCUGCUUUGCCUUCUUCUUUUAACUGGUGUACUCGGGCCAGGAUCUUCAGCAUAUUCUAAAAAAAAAGGGUAAGUGUAUCGUUUAAGCUCAUAAGCAAAAAGUCAGUCAAUUCAAAACAAAAAAAGUAUGUAAAAGUGGAAAGGAGGGAUGCUCACCUCCGUUAAGUAACGUACUUCUUAAAUACUUUUCCAAAGAGCCAACGGGUUCUUGGUAUUUUUAAAAACGGUUCAUUUUCUAAAAAUAAAUAUCAUGCACAUGUAUUUUAUUGUUCUAUAACAUUUAAUU